UCCCGCUAUGCUUCACUUUCUUUUUCAUUCUCUCUCUCACUUACACUCUCACGCACACAUUCCUCUACAGUCACUGUGAGGGGCAGGCUCAGAGCAUGCUAGAAGCCCAGAGCAAAGUCACUGAGUCGCUCAGUCACACACAGCAGAGGAAACAUAAAGAGAGAGAGAGAGUGCCAGGGGAGGUCUGACAACACUCUGCAGACUACAUCUUCAUGGACGCUGUCUUGCUUGCUUCAUAAUCUUGACUGCACAGCUGUAUUCUACAUACAUGCGGUCCCAGCGCAACCCACAUGUUCAGUUUCUUAAGACUUGAGUCCUUCCCCAGAAGACCAACUUGAUAUUCAAUUCUUUAAGACAGGAAGUGGUUGUAAGUGAGUGACAGGAUCUAUAAUGACCUCAAGGCAUUGUCUUCCACAACGGUCCAGUACGGACACAAUCACCACAUGCCCGGGGGCGUCAAUGUAUCUUGGCUCACAUUGAUUCCACCUGACUUUGGGAAACAUCAAACGAACUUGACCUACAGCUUUGACAUUUGUGACCUUGCCUCCAGCUCCUGCCAUGGGGUGGGUUUGGUUUCUUUGCCACUGCUUGUCCCUGGCAGCGUUGCUGGUGGUAGCCGAAUGUGGAGGGGGUGAGCAGAGAAGAGGAGCUGAAGAAGGAACCCGAAGCUCCACAACGAAAGCCGGUAGCAGCAGUAACAGUGGUCGGAAAUAUCACCGGAUUCAACAUGGACAGUGUAGCUACACUUUUAUCCUUCCAGAGAGUGAUGGGAGCGCUGGAACUUCGUGUCGAGAGUUUAAAGCGGGCACUCAGCAUAAUGCCAACGCACUUCAGCGAGAUGCACCUCCACCUGAAGCGGACUUCUCCAACCAGAAGAUCCAACAGCUGGAGCAUGUCAUGGAGAACUAUACACAGUGGUUACAAAAGAUUGAGGACUACAUUAAAGAGAGCAUGAAGACAGAGAUGGUGCAGUUACAACAGAAUGCCGUUCACAACCACACAGCGGCAAUGUUGGAGAUGGGCACCAGUCUUCUCUCCCAGACUGCAGAGCAGACGCGCAAACUUACCAACGUCGAGACACAGGUUUUAAAUCAGACAUCGAGGUUGGAAAUUCAGCUGCUGGAGAAUUCACUAUCCACCAAUAAGCUGGAGAAACAACUCAUGAUUCAGACCAAUGAAAUCAACAAGAUCCAUGACAAGAAUGGGUUUCUGGAGUUAAAAAUGCAGGAGAUGGAGGACAGGCACAGAGAGGAGUUGGAGGCCCUGCGGGAGGAGAAGAGCAGUCUUCAGUCUCUGGUCAGCAGGCAGAGUGCAGUGAUUCGGGAGCUGGAGUCUCAGCUGAGUCGAGCGACCAGUAACAGCACUGCUCUGCAGAGACAACAGCAAGAUCUGAUGGACACUGUACGCAACCUGCUUAGCCUCUGCGCCAAGGAUGGAGUUACAGCACUGGUGCCAAACAGCACAAAGCAAGCUGACGAGGAGAGGAAGUACCGCGACUGUGCAGACCUCUACCAAACAAGGUUCCAGAAAAAUGGAGUUUACACCAUCAAUAUCAGCCCACAAGAGACUAAAAAGGUGUACUGCAACAUGGAGUCUGCGGGGGGAGGAUGGACCGUGAUCCAGAGACGUGAAGAUGGCAGCGUGGACUUCCAGAAAACAUGGAAAGAAUAUAAAAUGGGCUUUGGGAGUGUGUCGGCCGAACACUGGCUGGGUAACGAGUUUGUGCACAUUCUGACCAAUCAGAGGCAGUAUGCUCUCCGUGUGGAGCUGACCGACUGGGACGGACACCAGGCUUUUUCUCAGUACGACUGUUUCCGCAUCGAAAGUGAAAAACAAAACUACAGGUUAUUCCUGAAGAGUCACAGUGGAACGGCAGGGAGGCAGAGCAGUCUGGCCAUCCACGGUGCUGACUUCAGCACAAAAGAUAUGGACAAUGACAAUUGCACGUGCAAGUGUGCAUUGAUGCUCAGCGGGGGAUGGUGGUAUGAUGCCUGUGGCCCAUCCAACCUGAACGGGAUGUACUACAGACAGGGACAACAUGUCGGAAAAUUCAAUGGAAUCAAGUGGCACUAUUUCAAAGGCCCCAGCUACUCUCUCCGAACCACUGUCAUGAUGAUUCGACCAAUUGACUUCUCGUAGUCCUCCUUAAUAACCCAAAAAACCUGUGGAUCCAUUUUGAAAAAGAAAUACUUUUUGGUCCAUAACAUUAUCAAGUGAUGCUGUAUAAGUGGUCAGCUAUUUGCCGCCUGCAGAAUGCAGCAUUCUUUUGAGAUAACACUUCUGCAGGAAACCUGUGAAAAGGAGGUUGUCCUAUCAUCAAUGUCAGACUAUGGGAGAUGGUAUGCUCCCUAGGAAUGUAGGGCAGGAGCUGAGUUGGCUGGUCUUUGUUUUUAAAUAUCAGAGGUAUGAAGUGCCAUUUACUUGUCACUCAGGACCUGUGAACUGCUGAGACAGGCACAUCACCUUUGAUGUAGCGGACUUGGCUGCAUCGCCUAGUUGCCCUUGGCUUUUGAGUCACCAAGUGAAUUUAAAGCAGCUUGAAUGUCCUUCAAUAUCCUAAAGGGAACCAGUAAAGUUUAAUACAAACACGUUGCACAAUUACAUUUGGAUUGUGAUACUUAAUUUCAAUUUUGUAUGCUUUUUUAUCCCAGUAUUUUUUUUAUUAUUAUUAUUUUGUACAUUAUUGCUGUCAAAGUGAAGAAAACCAUAGCAUGCAGCAUUUAAAGUUCACUUGCAGUACUAUUUACAAGGAACAUUUGUUGAAUGUUAACAGCAGAAACAGCCCUCGAGUUUGACUUUAUUGAUUAAAGUGCAAAAUGCCAUGUUAUCAUUGAACUUUCAUGACCUUUAACUGUUUCAUAGCUUGGCAUCAAAAUGGGAAUGCAUGACAAAGAGCACAGCUGUUAUCAAUACAAUGAAAAUAUUGUUACAUCUAAUAUUAAUAAUCUUAUGGAGUAAAGCCAAUGGCAAGAACAGCUAAUAAAUUGUAUUACAAAUACUGUAAUAACAAUCCAUUAGGUUUUAAUUCAUUGCAUAAUUAAUGCCACGUGUCUUAUGUGAAUUUGUCAUAAUAAGAAUGUUUGCAAAUGUAAGUUUUGAAUGUUGCAGCUCAAAAGCAGCAAGUUUGUGACUGACAAACUUGGGUUAUCUUAUUUUUCAAUUUACCCUUAAACCUAAGUGUAUAGGUUUGAAGAAAUUUAAAGUAAUGGUGAAAAACUGGGUUAAAUGAAGAAAAUGAUUUCAUAUAUGUGGUCAGGUAAGCAUCCGAGCAUCUGUUUAAUAUUUUACAUGAUGUUUAUUUGUAGCAGUCAGUUCACUUUACAAAUGUACAGAAUUAUUUUUAACAGCGGUACAGUUUGUUGAAAAAAACAAAAUAGUGUUUGUUUGUCAAAAAAUGUUUUGUAAAAGCUCUUUUUGUAAGUCAAUUGUAGGAUUGUGAUGAAAUAUUAUUUUAAGCUUGCCUACCGCAAUGUUCACCGGAUAUCUUUAAAAAAAUCUCAAGUGCCCACACAGUCAUUAGAAUAGCAUCGGACGUUCCACUCUGUUCUGUCUUUCAUCGCACAAGUCUGAGAAUAUCUUCUAGUAGAUCAACAAAGAAUGAAUGUAUUUUAGCCUACCAUGCAGUGGCGUAGCCAAGGGUGGGCCAGGGUGGGCCUGGGUCUACCCAAAAUAAGCCCAGCCCACCCAGAAUAUUAGACAUUAAUCUUUGACUUCAAAUAUAUAUUUAUAAUAUAGUUUAAAAAAAUGCAUUAAUUCUGAUUUCUGUUGUUAAGAAAAAUUAGGUCAAAAACAAAAUUGGGGUGAAAACUUGGCUCAUCCAUUUUUAUUGAAGCCCACCCAAAAGUAAUUUCCUGGCUACGACCUUGAUACCACGACUGUCCACCAUCAUAUAACUACUACCAGCAUGGAGCAUUUUACUGGAAACAGAUACUUCUCUUGAAAAUCCAUAAAGUUUCUGGAUUGUAAAAGCUUCAGAAUGGCAUGUGUAUUAUCACACUUAAAAAUACUGUAAAAGUGUUUGAAAUUGCUUUCUAGAUGAAAGCACUGCUUUAUUUUUUAGCUCAGAACCAUGGAUAUGUUCUGAAUCAUAAAGGAUGUCACUUAAAUAGCAUCAGUCAAACAUCGAAGCCUUUUGUACCUCAUUAAAGUGUUUCAGUUACCAUGUUAUUUAAACACCUCAUCCUUUGUAACAUUGUUCCAAAUCUAAUAAUGUUAGUUUAAAUAAAAAAUGUGAUGUCC